GUUGCAAGACUUGAAACGAGAUAUUCAAGCAAGAUUAUUGAAUGUGGAAACAUAUGGUGGUGAAACGUUUCUAUCCGAAGAAGUAGCUAUUAACAUACUUCAAGAAACGAAGAAUGCUUUUCAACGCUGCCAGCUGUUAUGUGAUAAAGAUGAAACGCCGAAAAUGACAGAAAUGAUAUUUGAUAUACUUCUGCGAUUUUUAUAUACUGAACAUUUGGAUUAUGCAAUUGAUCUUUCACUUGCGGGAAUAUCAUUAGCUGAACCAAAAACUGAACCUCCUAAUUAUUUUUUUUCUGUUGUUCAACAAGCGGUAGCUAUUACUCAUCUUUUCCAUAAGCAGUAUGAUGAUUCUAUCUUUCCAUUUGUUAGCGGUACACCUGUUGAGGAUGUUUGUACACAAAAACGUGCUGAUUGUCUACGUAAUGUUGAAAAUCGGAUAAAUCUUGGACUUGAACGACAAAUUAAUGCAGUAGUCGGUUAUAUACGUUUCUUGUUGACCAAUGAGCAAAAGAAGGCAGAUUUUCGCCCGGAAGAUGAAGACCAAAUGGUGACAGCUAUGUCUAAUGCUUGUGCCCUCGUUGUCAAAUACUUGAAUUCAGAAGUGCAGGUAAUACGUGACAGCCUUGACGGAGGUAAUUUGACCACUCUGAUGCUAGAAUUUGGUCGUCGUUUCUACAAAGUUUUGUUGACGCAUAUAUAUCAGUUCACGUAUAAUUCACACGGAGCUAUGCUUUUGCUAUGUGAUAUCAAUGAAUAUAGAAAAUGUAUGCUUAGUUGGAAAAUUCCGGAAAUUGGUACAAAAUUUGAAGCUUUACAUGCACUUGCAAACUUGUUAGUUGUUGUUCCCGAAAAUUUAAACGAAGCCUGUUCAUCACAAUUAUUGAUUGACACUGAUCGAAGAAUGGUUAAUAGUUUCAUACAACUUCGAAUGGAUUAUCGAACGGCUAAAUUGCAUUUAAAUUUUGUGUGA